AUGCUCUCACGUGUUGCUGCAGUGAAGGCACCCCGCACACACAACCGUCGCCGCGUGACCGGAUCCAGCGGCAGGAGGAGGGAAGGAAGAGAGAGUGAGCCGCAGAGACCCAACAUGUCCCGGCGUGUGUUUACUUCCGCGGUGCUGCUCCUCCUCGUCUUGAUGAUGUGCAGCGGCAGUGGUGUGGUUGCUGAAGCUGUUGAACCAUCGUCAGGUCAGCAAUCUCUACCGAAGUCACAUUUUGUUUGGAGAGAUACAACAGGUGAUGAAAAAUUGGGUUCGCUCCGUGUUCCCAGUCUUGUUGAGGUGAAUGGUGACGUGUUUGCCGUUGCCGAGGCGCAGUGCACGAAGGGUGAAAACAGCUUUACUGGGAUUGCCUCGAAGUUCCUGACGUUGACUGACGAACCAUCAAAAGAAUUGGAUAAGAGUAACUUGAAGACACAAGUAUUGGUGGAAUGUUCUGCCAAUAAAGAAGGAAAAUGUCCUGCCGGUAACGAAGAGAAAUGCGCCUGCCGUGUGGCGGAUCAGGUAUCUGGUUCUCCGAACGAGAGGGAAGUAGAUGUGAGCCGACCAACAACAGUUGUGAAGGAAAGUGCUAUUUACAUGCUUGUUGGAAAAAACAGCCGGACAGCUGUCAAUGAUGCUGGGAACAGUGGUGCAGAUGAAUUGGGAGUAUUGCUGGUGAAGGGUGAGGUCGUUGGUGGAACCGGCAACAAUCAAAUCCAUUGGAAGGAAACUGACGGUGUACCGUGCACUCUAGGCGACCAACACAACUUCUUGGAGCGGCUGAUUGGCGGCGGUGGAUCGGGUGUUAAGUUGAACGACGGUACACUUUUGUUUCCCAUGGAAGGCAUAAAGAAGGAAAGGGAGGGCACUGGAAUGGAUGGAAAGGCCGUUUCGCUGAUCCUAUACUCCUCGGAUACUAAGAGUUGUACACUGUCGAAGGAGGUGCCUGACGGUGGCUGCAGUGAUCCCUCCGUCGUGGAGUGGAAGGAGGGAAAACUCAUGAUGAUGACUGCGUGUGAUGAUGGUCGCCGCAGGGUGUACGAGUCCGGUGACAAGGGGGAGUCGUGGACGGAGGCGCUCGGGACACUCUCGCGCGUGUGGGGCAACAGAAAGGGAAAAGAGAGGGGCGUUGGAAGCGGUUUCAUCACAGCGACGAUUGAGAAAAGGGACGUGAUGCUCGUUACUCUGCCGGUGUAUGCCAAAGAAAAUGAAAAGGGUGAACUCCAUCUUUGGCUGACGGACAAUACGCACAUUGUUGAUAUUGGGCCGGUAUCCGAGGAAGAUGACGUUGCCGCCAGCUCCCUGCUGUACAAAAGUGCUGGAAGUGGAAAUAAUAAUGAGGAGAAUAAGGAGGAGUUGAUUGCACUGUACGAGAAGAAGAAGGGCGGUGGAGAAUCAUCAAACAGCCUUUGUUCUGUGCGUCUGACUGCGCAGCUGGAGCGGGUGAAGGAUGUGCUGACGACCUGGAAGGAAGUGGACGAACGUGUCUCCCAGCUCUGCCUCACUUCAACUGCUGCGAAGAAUCCCUCAACUGGCACUGCCUGCAGCGGUGGUACGAGCACGGAUGGGCUGGUUGGCUUUUUGUCCGGCGACUUCUCUGGUAACACAUGGAAGGACGAGUACCUCGGGGUGAACGCCACAGUAACGAAGGAAGAAGGGGUGGAGAAAAAGGAUAAUGGCGUAACAUUUAAAGGGCGUGGUGCGUGGGCGGAGUGGCCUGUUGGCAAUCAGGGGGAGAAUCAGCUGUACCACUUUGCGAACUACAACUUCACUCUUGUGGCGACGGUGUCCGUCCACGGUGUGCCGAAGGGAGAUACCGUUCCAUUGAUGGGUGCGACGAUGAAUGAUGGCGAUAAGAAGACUGUACUCUUGGGACUGUCGUACAACAACAAAGAGAAGAAGUGGAUAUUAUUGUGCAGUGGCAAAACGACCACAGAAUACAGCAGUAAUUGGGAGCCAGGGACAACUUACCAGGUGGCCAUUGUGCUACAGAACGGAAAACAGGGCUCCGCGUACGUCGAUGGUCAGCGUGUGGGGAAUGAAGAAUGUGCAUUGGGAGAAGCAGAAUCGAAAGAGAUCUCACACUUCUUCAUUGGAGGGGAUGUAGGCAGCGCAGAGGGCCAAGAAGACUUGUCUGUGACCGUGUCGAAUGUCCUGCUGUACAACCGCCCGUUGAGUUCCGAAGAGAUUGCAGGGCUUGCCAAAAAUACAAUUACUAUUCCGAAGCCGGAGGGUCCGAAGACAUUGGUGGUGGUUACUCAAUCACCAGCGGUAAGCGCAGCAGAUGUGCAGGGAACCGUGACCCAUUCCAAUUCUGCCGGGCAACGGCCGUUGGAAGAGGAACCGUUGACGGCGAAUAUUGGUGCUGGCGUUGUAUCCAGUGCACCUUCCAUUGCUACGACUCCCUCGUCUGAUGUUGCUCAAAUGGUGGCGACAGGGGGUGGAGAUACGAUGCGGGAAAAUGGAUCACCCCAAACCCCUGAGGUGAGCGUGAGCUCUGGUGAGGAUGGGGAGACGGUGGAAGGAACGGGUGGGCAGGAGGAGGAGCAGAUCCAUCCACAGGACAGGGACGUGAAUGCUACGGCCCUCAGCAGCAGUUUGGGAAAUUUGUCGCAGGGGAAUAACAGCGAUGCCGGCACUGUGCGUGAGAGGAGGGCGCUGCCGCUGCUUCUUCUGCUGUUGGGACUGUGGGGGUUUGCCGCUCUGUGA